CCAACGUCCGGUUCUGAUGUCGCCGGUUCGUGUGGUGUGACGCCGGGAGGUCAGAUUCGUUCUAUUAUUCUUUAUUUGGUUGAUUAUCCCUUCGAUUUUUUUUUAAAGGGAAGAUUUUUUUUCAUCUACCCUAUGCGUGAAGAAACCGGUUGAGGUGUUGAAAUUUGACGGCGGGUGGUUGCGGCUAUUGAUUGGUAUUUGAAAUAAUGGCCGCGCUUUACGCCUGCACCAAAUGCCACCAGCGGUAUCCGUUCGAAGACCUGUCUCAGGGCCAGCAGCUGUGUAAGGAGUGUCGCAUAGCACAUCCGGUCGUCAAGUGCACAUAUUGCAGAACUGAAUUCCAACAAGAAAGCAAAACCAACACAAUAUGCAAGAAAUGUGCACAGAAUGUGAAGCAGUUUGGAACACCCAAACCCUGUCAAUAUUGUAACAUCAUAGCAGCCUUCAUUGGCACCAAGUGUCAGCGUUGUACAAAUUCAGAAAAGAAAUAUGGGCCUCCACAGACUUGUGAGCAGUGCAAACAACAGUGUGCCUUUGAUCGAAAAGAUGAGAGUCGACGAAAGGUAACGGAAGUUGAUGGGAAAUUGCUGUGUUGGCUUUGUACACUUUCCUAUAAGCGUGUUCUGCAGAAAACAAAAGAACAGAGAAAAAACUUGGGUUCGCACUCCUCAUCAUCUUCAGCUUCACUGCCUGAGAAAGACCUCUCAAAACAUCACCACAGUACUAAUCGUCACAAAAUCAGCAGCUUAAGUCCAGAGCAACAGCAUGGAGUAUGGAAAAUGAGCCAUAAGUCAUCAUCAACUAGUAUUCAAAAUGAAGCUCCAAAGAAGAAGCCAAAACUUGAAACAAAACCCUCUAAUGGAGACAGCUCACUGACCCAGUCAAUGGACUCUGGUGGCACAGACAACUUUGUUAUAAUCAAUCAAUUAAAAGAAGAAGUGAUGUCUCUGAAAAGGCUUUUGCAGCAGAAAGAGCAGACCAUUUUGGAAAGAGAUAAAAAGCUGACUGAGCUGAAGGCAGAUUUUCAAUACCAGGAAAAUAACCUUAGAGCAAAAAUGAAUAAUAUGGAGAAAGCUCACAAGGAGGUGGUGGAACAGCUACAGGCCAAAAAUCGAGAAUUGUUGAAGCAAGUUGCAGCAUUGUCUAAGGGUAAAAAGAUGGAGAAGACUGGAAACAUCCUGCUGUCUCCUUGAAGAAUUUCUUGGCAGGUCCAUCAUGCAAGUGAGAGUAACAACUGCCAUGUUUGUUGAAAUUUACUGUGAAGUCUUUAAAUAUUUUUGCACCCUAAUUCUUCUCAAAGUAGUUAGAUUAAUCUUUUUUUAAUAUUUUAACCAGCAAUAAGAACCCGGUUUGUCUUGUAUAAACAGCACUAUUUGACAGGCCCAACACUGAAUCCAUUUUAUAAUCUUGAAUUUGAGGAUUUAAAAAGGGACUAGGAGUGAAAAGUUAUAUAAAAGAAAACUUCAGUGUAUUAUUACUUCCUGCAGAGAAACUAUUUUAAUGCAAAAAACACUAAAAUAAGUUACAAAUGCAAUGGCUAUUUUUUGAUUUUACAAGACUUCCUUUCUUUUACUUUAUAAAGGUCUGACAAAAUAUUUCUGCCAAUCAAGAUUGUUCUCAUCCUGAGUAUAAUUAAAUUGACAGAAACUAGAUACAAAAAUGUUAUUAAUUGGCAGUUCAAGUGUACAGUGGCAUGCAAAAGUUUGGGCACCCCUGGUCAAAAUUUCUGUUACUGUGAAUAGUUAAGUGAGUAGAAGAUGAACUGAUCUCCAAAAGUCAUAAAGGAAAAGAUGAAAUAUUCUUUUCAACAUUUUAAGCAAGAUUAAUGUAUUAUUUUUGUUUUGUACAAUUUUAGAGUGGGAAAAGAAGGAAAGGAGCACCAUGCAAAAGUUUGGGCACCCCAAGAUAUUUGAGCUCUCAGAUAACUUUUACCAAGGUCUCAGACUUUAAUUAGCUUGUUAGGGCCAUGGCUUGUUCACAGUCAUCGUUAGGAAAGGCCAGGUGAUGCAAAUUUCAAAGCUUUAUAAAUACCCUGACUCCUCAAACCUUGUCCCAACAAUCAGCAGCCAUGGGCUCCUCUAAGCAGCUGCCAGGCACUCUGAAAAUUAAAAUAAAUGAUGUCCACAAAGCAGAAGGAGAAGGCUAUAAGAAGAUAGCAAAGCGUUUUCAGGUAGCCGUUUCCUCAGUUCGUAAUGUGAUUAAGAGAUGGUAGUUAACAGGAACGGUGGAGGUCAAGUUGAAGUCUGGAAGACCAAGAAAACUUUCCGAGAGAACUGCUUGUAGGAUUGCUGGAAAGGCAAAUCAAAACCCCCAUUUGACUGCAAAAGACCUUCAGGAAGAUUUAGCAGACUCUGGAGUGGUGGUGCACUGUUCUACUGUGCAGCGAUACCUGCACAAAUGUGACCAUCAUGGAAGAGUCUUCAGAAGAAAACCUUUCCUGCGUCCUCACCACAAAAUUCAGCGUCAGAAGUUUGCCAAGGAACAUCUAAACAAGCCUGAUGCAUUUUGGAAACAAGUCCUGUGGACUGAUGAAGUUAAGAUAGAACUUUUUGGCCGCAAUGAGCAAAGGUAUGUUUGGAGAAAAAAGUGUGCAGAAUUUCAUGAAAACAAUGCCUCUCCAACAGUUAAGCACAGGGGUGGAUCGAUCAUGCUUUAGGCUUGUGUUGCAGCCAGUGACACGGGGAACAUUUCACUGGUAGAGGGAAGAAUGAAUUCAAUUAAAUACCAGCAAAUACAGGAAGCAAACAUCACACCAUCUGUAAAAAAGCCGAAGAUGAAAAGAGGAUGGCUUCUACAACAGGAUAAUGAUCCUAAACACACCUCAAAAUCCACAAUGGACUACCUCAAGAGGCGCAAGCUGAAGGUUUUGCUGUGGCCCUCACAGUUCCCCGGCCUAGACGUCAUCGAAAAUCUGUGGAUAGACCUCACAAGAGCAGUGCAUGCAAGACAGCCCAAGAAUCUCACAGAACUAGAAGCCUUUGGCAAGGAAGAAUGGGGGAAAAUCCCCCAAACAAGAAUUGAAAGACUCUUAGCUGGCUACAGAAAGUGUUUACAAGCUGUGAUACUUGCCAAAGGGAGUGUUACUAUGUACUGACCAUGCAGGGUGCCCAAACUUUUGCUUUGGGCCCUUUUCCUUUUUUGUUAUUUUGAAACUGUAAAAGAUGGAAAUAAAAAAGUAAUCUUGCUUAAAAUAUUAAAGAAAUGUGUCAUUAACUUUGUGCCUUUUGGAAAUCAGGUCGUCUUUUACUCACUUAGCUAUUCACAGUAACAGAAAUUUUGACCAGGGGUUCCCAAACUUUUGCAUGCCUCUGUGAAAUGUAAAUUUUGAUGUCUUCUUUCGGGGUUAUUGGAAAUAAAUUUAAGCAGCUAAGCUAUAGGAGUAUAUACUUCAUGCAGAUUUGAAUUAAUAUGUAAACAUGUAUGUUGAAAAUGAUUAUCUGCCUAGAGCUGAUUUUCAUUAGGAAUUUGUUUUCUCAAAUGCUGCAAAAUCUGAACAGUGGACUUUUCUGAUAAUCUGUCAAAAAAUGACAUGUUUAAGUGGGUAGAUACUCAUUUUCAGCAGAAUUUUGUUCUGUUUUCACCAUAAUUAACAAAUGCUUUCGUGGAUAUAUCUGUAAAGAAUUAUUGAGAAAUAUUACAAUAUUACAAACUGAUUUCUAAAAACAUAGGAACUUUGUAGGUAUUAGGUGGUAAGUGUACCUGCCUUAAAUGGCACAAACAACUUGUUUUCUCCAAAAAACUAAUUUGGAAGAGCAUUUUCUGGAUGCCACACAAAUUAUUUCAGUCCAUCAGAGAGGCAUUUGUAGCAUUCUUGUGCCUUUUGUCUCGUUUUUCUAUGGUUGUCAUUUUCUGGUAAAUAAACACUGUGUGCUGGAACAUGAGUCUAACAUAAUGGAUGUCUGUUUACAAGUUUCUGUUUUUUGUUUUAGGAAUGAGGCUUGUUGAAUGGAUGGGACUUUUGCUUUGUGGUGGAAUUGUUGUGCCUUAGGGAAAUUAGCUGUAAGUUGUGCAUCUUAUUAAAGGAAAAACAAGUUAACAUUUUAGUGGACAUUUUAAAAAGUCACUGUUAAUAAUCUGUGAUUCAAAUUAUAUAAUUGAAAUAGCCCAUCAAACUAAUGGAAAGAAUUAUAUAGUAACAAGUAGUUCUUCGAUCUCAAAAUUGUUACGUGGAAAAUAAUUGUUUUUAAACAAUUUUUUUGCUAUGCUGUAUAUAGCAAAACCAUAAAUUGUGUAUGAAAAGGUUUAUACAACUUUUUAAACUCAGCUUUUUGAUAAAAUUGAAUUUUUAUGUAAAGGUGCUUAUAAAUAACAUAAAAUCAACUUAUUUCAUUAUUAGACAUAGCCAGUUUUAUUAUAUUUAUUUGAAAACAAUGUUUAAAUUUUUAAAACUGAAGAUUUUUUAAAAUUUUGUACCAUGACUUUUUUUAUUGCCCAAUUAUAAAAACUUAAAUGUUGCUCAUAGGAUUUUUAAAAAAAAAAUUGUAAUACUGUAGUGAUAUAAGAAACAAUAAAAGCUCUACAACAUUCAUUUGUACUUCUGACAGCUUGUUGGUCAACAGGCUGCUGUUGAGAUUUCUUUUACAUACAGACCUUAAAGAUAUAUUUAUGCACAGUAAUCUUCUACAUUUUGAUUUAAUUCUGAUUUUUCUUUUCAAAAAAGUAAUAAAACUGUACCUGGGUCUUAUAUUAUGGCAGCACAAGAGCAGGCCUUAUUUUCUUAAGCAGUAUUCUCCACCAGCAAAAGGUUGAACUCUAGCCCAUUAAAAACCUAUGCAUCUUAAAUAUAUACAGUAAAUGUCAAUGAUGUUUGCUAAAUGCACAAAGUGAGAAGUGGUAAAAACCUACACAUUCUCAGGCUGAUGCAACAUCACUACUUGAUAAUGUUGCAAUGCUAUUCAGAAAAUAGGCUUUAUAACUCCCAUCAGAUAACUUCAUAAUAGGGCAUUAUAAAAUUAUUAUAGGAGUAUCAUAUAGCAAAAGUAAGAUCUUGUUUGAACACUCUUGUUUUCAAAGUGAUGUGGAAAUAUUUGCUAGCUUGUUUUGUUGUGAGUAUAGUUGUCUUUGCUAGAGGUAUUUGAAUACUUGAUAAAACUAAUUUUUUAAACGUGUUUGGUAAGGCAGGCUGGUGUAUUUUUUUUUCUGAAAACGGAGCAUUUUUACAAAGAUUGGUAGAACAGAGUUAGAAUGUGAUACAACUACACGUUAAAUGUCAGCCACCUCCACCGGUAACAGUGCCUUGUCAUUCCACAGUUUUUAAAUUUAGUAUUUAUUUUGGGGUUGUGAUACCAUUUGUAUGAAAUUCUAAUACAUCAGUUUGCAAAAUUUUGAAAGGAAGUUGUUUUAGGUGCUUCUAUGCUUUUAAAUAUUGUUUAGUCAUGUAAAUCUGCACAUUUUCACUGAAUCUAAUUUUAGUUACGUUGUGUGUAUGAAGAAUUAUCCUCAUAUUUUCGCUACAAUUAUUGUAGUAAAAAUGUAGACUGUCGUUUGUGAAAUGGGGUGCAUAGAAUUAAAAGACUUCACAGUAUUUAAAUCGGAAUGAUCAAUUUUAAUCAUGUUGAGUUUUAAUUUUUUUUUGUUUUUUACCUCCAUUUAUUACUUGAAAAUUUUAUGUUGUAAUAUAGUCUGGGAUGUUUCCUUGCAACAAUAGACGUAGACAUGCUUAUUUUUAUUUUAUUUUUGGAAAUUUUCUGUAUAAGUGGUGAAACUGCAAGGUAAAACUGUACUGUACUUCAAAUGUAUGUAACCAUAAACAAGUGUUUUUUCUAAUGGUAUAGGAUUUAAGUCAAAGCUGCCAGUUGUAUAUUUUAAAGUUUCAUAACUCACCUUGUUAUUUCCUGUGUGUCUUCCUUAAAGCGCUAAAUAUAUUGACAUGCUUGGAAUGUGUUCCUCAGAAUUUGUAACCACACAUGGGAAUAGAUUGAAUUCUGUAAUCAUAAGUUGGUCAACAACUGAAAUUUUAUACUUGUUCUUUUUAAAAUAUUGACAAUUUGAAAUAAAUCUUCUUAAAUAUUCUGCUUUACUAUUGCAUUGAGC